AUGGUUUCCGCACUCCCCGUCGCUGGCCUUUUGGUCGCUGCCGUAGCCGCCCAGACCGUGACUCCCGAUGCGCCCAUCACGGCCCCGACGUCGUGCGCCCCCGGUGUGCAGAUCUUUGUCGCCCGCGGCUCGACCGAGGCUGCGGGCAUGGGCAGGAUCCGGACCGUCGCCGGUAACGUGACCGCCGCCAUCCCAGGCAGCGCCGUCACCGCCGUCGACUACCCGGCCACGUUUGAGGACUACGCACAGAGUGUGAUGACCGGCACCACCAACCUUGGCAAGCUCGUCAAGGACUACGUCCAAAUGUGCCCAGACAGCAAGGUUGCCCUGCUCGGCUACUCCCAGGGUGCUCAAGCUGUGGCCGAUCUCAUCUGCGGCGCUAGCAGUGAGCUCAUGCCCGUCAAGUCGGCUGAUCUCGAUGCCAUCUACGACAAGAACAUCAUCGCCAUGAUCCUAUUCGGCGACCCAACUCGUGCCGCCAACCAGUCGUUCAACCUCGGCACCGUGACUGACCGCGAUGGCCUCUUCCCGCGUCUCAAGAACGACGCCUGCGAGCCUUACUCCCCUCGCCUCCGGUCGUGGUGCGACGUCGCGGACCGCUACUGCGACCCUUCCGCCCCUGGCGGCAUCGAGACUUCUGUGCACGGCAGCUACUUCAACAAAUACACCCAGGUCGCCAAGGACUUUGUUGUCAAGCAGUGGAAGCUGAGCCAAAAGCCCCUGUCCGCGAGGAGCUCCACGGGCAGCGCCCAACCCACCGGCACCACCAACGGCACCCGCCCUAUUCACCCCACCGGUGCUCCCGUGCCUACCAGCACGACACCCGUGGUUGCCGGUGCCUCGAGGACCGGUGCCGCCGCCUUUGGCGCCGUCCUCAUGGCCGGUGUCGCUGCGUUCCUUGCUUAG